GGUGGAAUAUUUAUAAAUGUACAUAAUAAAAUCACUCAGUUUUGCAUUGCAACGAAUCUAUAAUCAUGAGAAGCCUUCAUCGCGUAAUAAUAUCAUCCAGAGUUCUACAGAGUAUUCCCAAGCCGACCUUUACGGGUAGCAGUAAUAGUAAGAAGAGCCCAAUUCGUCUGAUUGAGAGGUCUCAUCAAGCUCUAUUCCUGGAAAAUAUAAAGUUCUUUAAAAUCGCCAUCCCUCAACAAUCGAGAAGAAUGUCCACAGAAUCGCCACCUUUGAUUGUAGAACAUGAUCCAUCAAACAAAAAGUUUUUCAUUCGACUCGCGAAAGAUGAAGCCAAGUUGGAGUAUGUUCGAAAUGGCGAUAUUCUAAAUAUGUGGCACACUGAAGUUCCUCCACCCCUUCAAGGAAAGGGCAUCGCUAAAGUUCUAGCUCAGGGGGCUUUUGAUUAUGCUGUGCAGAAUAAUCUCAAAAUGAUGCUGACUUGUUCUUACCUACAAAAGUUUUAUAAGGAGAAUCCAAAAGAAGAGUACAAAAGACUGAUUGUGUGAUUGAUUGCAGAUGAUACCGACUAAUACACUUUUAAAAUACUUAAUACAAAAGUAUGCAUAUGUGAUCAUAUGAAAAUUACAAAUGAAAAAA